GGCUCCCCCCCCCCAGCCCAUUUGCGAGAUGCAUCUUUGAAAGGAGCAAAAAGCGAGCCGCAUUUGCCCUGUGAAGCGCGAGUCCCGCGCAACCGCGAGGAGCGAGGGCGGCAGAGGUGGGGAAGAGCAGCCGGCCGGCCCCGGCUUCCCUCCCGCUCCUCCCCUUGCUCGCCCAAUGCACCAGAUUCCGACGAGAGGCGAAGUUUUGGCCGGAGCCGGCGGAUCUGUAUAAUUGGUCUUCUCCACAACAGACGGGGGGCUUGCCGAAGGGAGGGGGCGCCUGUGGGCCAGGCGAGCCGAAGGAGCUGCUGCUGCUGCGGGGCGAGGGGGGCUCUUUUCUGGGGAGGUGUGGAAGAUGCGGGCGCUGCUGGGCUUUCUGCGGAGCUGCUACUGUUGCUGCUGCUUCCUCCUUUUCCUGCCGCCGCCUCUGUGGGUCAGCCUGGCGGCGGCGAAGCAGCUCCUCCGCUACCGGCUGGCCGAGGAAGGGCCGGCCGACAUCCGCAUCGGGAAUGUGGCUUCGGACCUGGGCAUCGUAACGGGCUCUGGCGACGUGACGUUCAGCCUGGAGUCCGGCUCGGACUACCUGAAGAUCGACAACAUGACGGGCGAGCUGAGCACCACCGAGCGGCGCAUCGACCGGGAGAAGCUGCCGCAGUGCCAGAUGAUCUUCGACGAGAACGAGUGCUUCCUGGACUUCGAGGUGUCCGUCAUCGGGCCCUCGCAGAGCUGGGUGGACCUCUUCGAGGGCCGGGUCAUCAUCCUGGACAUUAAUGACAACACCCCCACCUUCCCCUCGCCGGUGCUCACCCUCACCGUCGAGGAGAAUCGCCCGGUGGGCACCCUCUACCUGCUGCCCACCGCCACCGACAGGGACUUCGGCCGCAACGGCAUCGAGCGCUACGAGCUGCUCCAGGAGCCCGCGGGUGAGGGGAGCAGGCGGGGCAGCAGCGGAGGAGCGGGCUCGGCCGCCGCCGCCUCUGACAGCGCCCUCUACCCCGGGGGCAGCAAGCGGCGGCAGGAGGCCGAGGGCGCAGCGCGGAGCAGCGUGUUCGAGCUGCAAGUGGCCGACACCCCCGACGGCGAGAAGCAGCCGCAGCUGAUUGUCAAAGGGGCGCUGGACCGCGAGCAGAGGGACUCCUACGAGUUGAGCCUGCGGGUGCGGGACGGGGGAGACCCCGCACGCUCCUCGCAGGCCAUCCUGCGGGUGCUGAUCACCGACGUGAACGAUAACAGCCCCCGCUUCGAGAAGAGCGUCUACGAGGCCGACCUGGCCGAGAACAGCAGCCCCGGCACACCGAUCCUGCAACUGAGAGCAGCCGACUCGGAUGUCGGAGUGAACGGGCAGAUCGAGUACGUCUUUGGGGCAGCCACCGAGUCGGUGCGGCGGCUGCUGCGCCUGGACGAGUCCUCUGGCUGGCUAAGCGUCUUGCACCGCAUCGACCGAGAGGAGGUGAACCAGCUGCGCUUCACCGUCAUGGCCCGGGACCGCGGGCAGCCGCCCAAGACCGACAAAGCCACUGUGGUGCUCAACAUCCGGGACGAGAACGACAACGUGCCCACCAUCGACAUCCGUAAGAUCGGGCGCAUCCCGUUGCGCGACGGGGUGGCUAGCGUGGCUGAGGACGUGCUGGUGGACACCCCUGUGGCCCUCGUGCAGGUCUCGGACCGGGACCAGGGCGAGAACGGCGUAGUGACCUGCACCGUGGUGGGGGACGUGCCCUUCCAGCUCAAGCCGGCCAGCGAAGGGGAAGGGGAGCCCCAGAACAAGCGCAAGUACUUCCUCCACACCUCGGCCCCCCUGGACUACGAGGCCGUGCGCGACUACAACGUGGUCAUCGUGGCUGUGGACUCGGGCAGCCCCAGCCUGUCGAGCAACAACUCUCUGCUGGUGCGAGUCGGGGACACCAACGACAACCCGCCCGUCUUCGGCCAGGCUGUGCUGGAGGUCUCCUUCCCCGAGAACAACUCCCCCGGCGAGAGGGUGGCCACGGUGCUGGCCACCGAUGCCGACAGCGGCAAGAACGCCGAGAUCGCCUACUCGCUGGAGGCCUCGCCCCUGGCGCCCGAGGCCCCUGCCGGCCUCUUCACCAUCGACCCGGACUCCGGGGACGUGCGCGUGCAGGCCGCGCUGGACCGCGAGCAGAAGGACACCUACGAGUUCCAGGUGAGCGCCCGCGACAAAGGGGUGCCCUCGCUGCAGGGCUCCACCACGGUGGUGGUGCGGGUGGCCGACCGCAACGACAACGAGCCGCGCUUCAUGCAGGACGUCUUCACCUUCUACGUGAAGGAGAACCUGCAGCCCAACAGCCCCGUGGGGAUGGUGACGGUGAUGGACGCCGACAAGGGGCGCAACGCCGAGCUCAGCCUGUCCAUCCAGCCCGGCGAGCGCGAACCAGGCGCGCCGGGCAUCUUCUCCAUCGAGAACGAGACGGGCACCAUCUUCUCCACCGUCUCCUUCGACCGCGAGCUGCAGACCAGCUACACCUUCAAAGUGAAGGCGGUGGACGGCGGCGAGCCGGCCCGCUCGGCCACCGCCACCGUCUCCCUCUUCGUCAUGGAUGAGAACGACAAUGCGCCCGCGGUCACAGCCCCGGCCAAUGGCUCCUACGAGCUGCUGCGGCCCUCCAGCCAGGUGCGCACCGUGGUGGCGGCGGUGCAGGCCCGGGACGCCGACGCGGGCCAGAACGCCGAGCUGAGCUACAGCCUGGUGGGCGGCAACCCGUUCAAGCUCUUCGAGGUGGACCCGUCGAGCGGCGUGGUGUCGCUGGUGGGCAAGCUGGCGCCCAAGCACUACGGCCUGCACCGCCUGGUGGUGCAGGUCAACGACAGCGGGCAGCCAGCCCAGUCGGCCACGGCGCUGCUGCACGUCUUCGUCAACGAGAGCCUGGGCAACGCCAGCCUGGUGGAGAGCCAGGUGGCGCGCAGCCUGCACACGCCGCUGGCCCAGGACAUCGCCGGGGACCCCAGCUACGAGCUCAGCAAGCAGCGGCUCAGCAUCGUGGUGGGCGUGGUGGCCGGCGUCAUGGCGGUGGUGCUGCUCAUCCUGCUGGUGGUGCUGGCCCGCUACUGCCGUGCCAAGGGCAAGCACGGCGGCUACGAGGCCGGCAAGAAGGACCACGAGGACUUCUUCGCGCCGCAGCCGCACGACAAGGCCAAGAAGCCCAAGAAGGACCGCAAGGGCAAGAAGGGCGGCAAGCAGCCGCUGUACAGCAGCAUCGUCACCGUGGAGGCCUCCAAGCCCAACGGGCAGCGCUACGACGGCGUCAACGAGAAGCUCUCCGCUGACAGCCCGGCCAUGAGCCGCUACCGCUCCGUCAAUGGCGGCCCCGGCAGCCCGGACCUGGCGCGCCACUACAAGUCCAGCUCGCCGCUGCCCACCGUCCAGCUCCACCCGCAGUCGCCCACGGCCGGCAAAAAGCACCAAGCCGUGCAGGAACUGCCCCCGGCCAACACCUUCGUGGGCGCCGGGGACAACAUCUCCAUCGGCUCGGACCAUUGCUCCGAGUACAGCUGUCAGGCCAGCAGCAAGUACAGCAAGCAGGUGGAUACAGUGCAGACUACGCAGCCCUCUGGUCACAAUGAGGAGUCGUGUAAAAUGAAUGUAUGUGCUCGUAAGUGAAAUAUUUAUGAAUGAAGCUCCAACUUGUGUAUGUUGGAUCAAAAACAAACAUGUGACCUCUGUUUAAUAAUGUCAUACUAAGAAAUCAAUUCCCAAGAGGCAGGGUCACUGAAAAGCUCAAAAGACGUUAACACACACACACACACACACACAAAACCCCCACCCAUUUUUCAAACAGACUUCUGAAUCAUAUUAUUAAUAUUAUUUUACCAAAAAACAUACAUACAAAAACAAAUGCUCAAAUCAGAAGUUCUUAUUACCUCUUGGGAUGAUGGUGUAUUUGGGACAAGCAAUGAAUUGAUUCAGGAGAGCCAAAGGGAUGUGAGAACGGUUUUGUCAAAGGAAUUGGCCAACUGCGGCUGAACAGAAUCGCAUGCCCUCUUAUGUAGGACUGUGCAUUGGAGAACAAGAGGUGUUUUCCCUACCCACCAGUUUGCCUCUGAGAAGACUGGACUGCUGGCUAAGGAUUUCUAUCAGAGUAGUUCUUCUAUUGGUACCUGGGGAGGGACUGAAGGACAAAGAUGAGUUUCAAGUGCUUGCAGUAAGAAAAUGGCUGUGCUAUGUAGAUAGGGUUGCCAGAUGGCCUCCCCCCAAAAAACAGAUGCCCCCCCCCGACAUUCACACAAGUGUUCCUCUUUCUGACUCCAGUGUGAUGACAUCACUUCUGCAAAGUGAUGUCAUGGCCAGCCCAGUGGCCGGGGAUGCCUGUCGGCCGCGUCCCCAGCACACAGAAGGAGGAUGGGCCUGCUGGGCGCUCUGCUGGCCCUCGGACGGGUGAGUGGGCUGGAAGCAGGGGAAGGGGGCAGAGGUGGCACAGGAAGGCCUGCUGGCACUGUUGCUGGUGCCUGUAGGCCGGCAGGAAGCCCCUCCUCUCCCAUGCACAAAAAUACCAGACACUUGUAUGUCUGGGGGGAAACUAGACACCUGGCAACCCUAUAUGUAGAUUAUUUUUUAAAAAGAAAAGGUCCUGUGAGCAUGUGCUAGAUCAACAAAGAAAAUGGUUUGUAUACCUCAGAAGCGAUUCUGAAAAGUCAGAAGCAAUCCCAUCACUUAGAGAUGCAGAUACAGAAAAAUAUACUUUGGAAUUUGUUAUUGCUGAGUCUUGGCUUGUUUAUGGAGUUACAGAAUUAGCAAUUAGGGAAUAAAAAUGCCCGUCCCAAUUGAAACUACUUUGCAAAAGGCAGCGGGGUUGGGGUGGGGUGAAUUUAAUAAAGGGAAAUCCACAUGAGAUGGGUGUCCUCUUUGAAUUUCUGGCCCUUCUUACUCUUACUAUUGUGAUAAUAAUUCAAAGACUAUAUUUUUUUUGUAGCCAUGAGAUUAAAGACUAUAUUUUAACAAAUGUUAUAAGAGUUAGAAAUGUUGAUUUAUGAGAUGAUGGGGGGAGGCUGAUUAUUCUGUUUCCCAAUAAUUCUCAUUCAUAUCAGUCUAUUCCAUCAUCUUGGAGAGAAGCAGGAGUAUUUAAGUAUUAAUGAAUGUUUCAGAUCUCCCUCCCCUCCAGCUGUUUUACUUUUUGAUUUCCUGUAUGCCGUGAAUUUAGUUUCUUCAGAUUGCUGGUUUAUAUCUGCUAUAUUUAUAUGAAGACGUUACAUUGCGUUUAUUAAUAAACUGUAUACCUAUAAAAUUACUUGCCUUUCCAGUAUGCCUUUUCUGAUAGUCAAAACACAGAGCUGAAGAUGCACUCUUCUGAUGCAUGAUUUUGCCAAAGUUAAACAACUUAAAGUGAAAUCCUGACCAGCGUUAUGCCCUUCAAAGCCAGUUUACUUCAAUGGACUUAGAAGGGUGUAACUUAGUUAGGACGCAUGAAGUUGCCUUAUGUUGAUUCAGCCCGUUGGUCUUUCAAGGUCAGUAUUGCCUGCUUUGACUGGCAGCAGCUCUCCAGGGUCACAGGUGGAGGUCUUUCACAUCACCUGCUCCCUGGUCCUUCUAACUGGAGGUGCUGGGGACCGAACCUGGGCGCUUCUGCAUGCCAAGCAGCGAAAUGCCCCCCUGGCACUGACGCACUGCCCCUCCCCUAAGGAUUGCACUGUUAAAGUUUCACUGAUUUCAGUGGGAGAAAUUAAAGCAUGAGCUUAAUUACUGGGACUUGAAUGUGCUUAACUUUGGCUGGCUCAUACCUUCUGUCUGAUUGCUAUGCAUUUUCCCCUUUGGAUUAAGUCGCACACCACUGCUUACUUCUUUUUUUUUAAUUUGGUGAUCUGGCUAAUUUUUGAUGAUCAUUCUCAGGUGAUGGAAUCUAUGAUAUGGUAGAAGUCUUGAACUCUUUAUUGUAUUAAGAAUCUCUUCUCUAACUCCAGAGUCUGUACACUUCUACUGUAUUGAUUUUUUCUGUCAGCAAAAUCAAUAAGUGAAAUUAAAAAUAAAAAAAAUCUAUUCCUUCA